AUGCCAAGCCGGCCACGACAUCGCGAGAGCGGCCUGAGGACUCAACAGUCGACACCGCCCACGCCUCCCGUGCUGGCAGAUGGCAGUCAUCAAUGGAUCGGGGCAAGUUUCUACCUGCAGAUCGAGCGCUGCGCUGGCGUUGCCAAGCAGUCAUGCUCAGUGCGCCUAGAGGAGGAGCUUUACCUGCAAAAAGCGGAAGCGCUCAAGGAGAACAUCGACAAGUUCUUCGAGGGUGCUAUCGAGGUCUGGGUCGUAGACGUCCCAACGCUCUACGCCUUGGAGGUGCGUGUGAUGCGCUGGGAGUGUCACCCGACCCAACAUGGAUUGCCUGUCUAUGGGCAGGACGCAGUGGUGCAGGGUGCCAAGACGCUAUUCUCCAAGGUGGUCUCCAAGAAGUGGCCCAGGGCGCCGGACAUUUGCGCGCGCUUGCAGGAGUUCAGCCGCAUCCCAGUGGGGAUCCAGUUGCUUUGCCGAGAGCAACCUCAGGGAGUGAGCAAAGACAGCUCCCUGCCCUUGGAGGUGACGGGUGCCAUCAACAGCAAGACGCGUCGAAGCAGUGCGGAUUCUGAUGCGCUUCUGCCCUUGGAUCACGUGACUUUCCAAGCAAUCCACAGUACCGGCAAGGAGAUCCUCUUCUCCACCGAUGCAGACGGACGGUCGCAUUCAGUGUUGCAUCCUGGGAAGUUUCAACUGAGAUGUAACCAGAAGGGGAACUACGACCGGUUGGAGCCAGGUUUCAUUGAAGUACCAGCGACCUUUGAACCGCUGCAGUUCACCAUUGUGGCGAAGAUGAAGAAGCGCUGUACCUUUCAAGUGGUUGAUCACUUGAACAGGCCCUAUCCCCUCUUCCCAAUGAGGAUUUCGCCCAAAGAUGGACGUCAUGAGGGCAUUGCCUUCUGCACCAAGGCCACUGGCCAGGUGAAAGGUCGCUUGGGUGUUGGUCUGCAUGUUGCAAGCUACAGCAGCGAGGAAGAUUCCUCGCAGUGGCCAGUGGAGCCUUUGUCCCAAGAGCUCGAGGUGCAAGACAUCGAUGCCCAUCAGCUGUUUCGAAUCAUUGUGAGACGGUUGCGCUUCCAGUGUGAGUUUGUGCUCCGCAGCCGCUUCGACGAACCAGUGAGGCGAUGUCCCUUCACCGUGAGGUCGAAUGGCAUAGCCAUCAGCGGGGUCACCAGCGAUGGUGGGGUGGCCACUGUCGAACUUCCAACCGGGACCAUGGUCUUCCACCUGGAACCUGAUGCCACGUCGGCCUUUGUCGCAACGUCUUUCGAGGUUGAAGUAAAGGAGAAUGGUGACUUCCUGCCACUUCGGCAAGAGGUGGAGACCAAGUCUGUGAACGUUCAGCUCAAUCUCAUCACGCCUGAUGGUGAACCAGUGCGGGUAGAUCAGUUUCAACAACCCAUUGCGUUCUUUAGUUCCCCUCCGGAACCAUUCAGUGCCCGCGGCUUUGCCGGCGGCUUUGGGAAGGAUGGCACCAUGUCCAACGACACUCCGGCCUUGUCCCUUCGUUUGACGCCUGGUUGGCCGUGGCAUGUCGUGGCAUGCCGUGGCAGCGCUUGGGGCACAUUCUACACAAGCCCUCGGGCGAGUCUUGUAGCUGUGGUGGCCAUGUACGGCCGCACCCAUGACGGUGCCCUGGUCUUUGUGCCUAUGGAUGGGCGGCCCCAUAUCACCAACGGAGCUCUGCCACCCGCCUAUCGCAUGACAGCGCAGCCGGUCCAUGCGCAAGGCAUCACCUUUGUGAAUGCGGCUGCCCGGAGCCCCUCGCCCAGUUUCAGACCACGACCUGCCUCGCCGAUCAGAGCCAUCCCCGUGUCCUUGUCCUUCAGUGAGCCGCCCCGGGCACGGCAAGAGCCACCAACUGGUCAUGGACGCACUGCAGUGGAUCCAGUGGGAUCGCGAGCCAAAAGGCCAGUGGCUUGUGCAGCAUGGGCUCACAAUCAUCCCAUCCAGAAUGGGGCAAGGCCGCUUCACAAGAUGGACAGUGAAGAAUCCGAGUCAACCCUGACCACUCCUACCACGACGCACCGCGUGCCCCAAUCGCGACUCGUGCCGACCAUCCCUGCCAGGGACUCCAACCAGCAAUGGCCGCACCAGGAGAAUCGUUCGCCCCCGCUGUCGCCCAACCACUCGCCCCUGUCGCCUACGCGCAUCGUCCGCAGCAAACCCGCCGAGACGCCCCCCGCAGCAGAUGCGGUGCCUGUGGCCACAGUGGUGGUACCGGUGAAGGCGGAGGAAGGGGAGCGAUUUCCAUCCAACCCGCAGGAUGGCCACAUCACCCUGGAAAGUGCCUUACAAGAGAUCCAAAAGCUCCGGCAACAGAACCAACAGCUGCUACAAGAGGCCGAAUCCCGACGCUGUCAGCAGAGUGAAGAGACCGAGUUGGCCGCGAAGAACACUCAGCUGGAAUCAGAUGCCAGGGACAUGCUGCAGCAGUUUGAAGAGUUUGAGCGUGAGAAGGAAGAUGAAGUGAAGGAGUUUCAGGAAGAGAUUGCGCAACUGAAUGCCAAGUUGAGUGAGAAGGAUAUUGCUGUGAAGCGCUACAAGAGCGAGGUUGAAAGGGAAAGGGAGAACCUCCUGCAAGCCAUGACAGAUGAGAGCUCCGAAUUGCAAGGCCGUGUGGAAAAGCUGGAGAAGGACAAGGAGACACUACAACAAGACCUCGCGAAGGCGUUAGCACGGGUGGACGUGCUCACCGCCGGCAAGGCAGCUAGCAGCCAAGUGGAGGAGGGUCAGCUCCGAACGCUGCAGACGGAAUGCGAAGCCUUGAAGGAUGAGGUGACCAACAAGGAUGGCCAAAUCAUCCUUCUGCGGAGCCAGCUGGAAAUUGCCGACAGGAAGCUUCGCUUGUCAGACAUGGAGAAUGCAAUGCUGAAAAGCGAGCUCGAGUUGCGAAAACGGAGCGCAGCGUCGACGCCGAGCGCAGCGUCGACCAUGUGA